CCGAUGGAGCGGUACAAAGCCCUGGAGCAGCUGUUGACAGAGCUGGAUGACUUCCUCAAGAUUCUCGACCAGGAGAACCUGAGCAGCACAGCUGUGGUGAAGAAGAGCAGCCUGGCUGAGCUCCUCCGGCUUUACACCAAAAGCAGCAAUUCUGACGAGGAGUACAUUUAUAUGAACAAAGUGACCGUCAACAAGCAACAGAAUGCGGAGUCCCAAGACAAAGCAGCCGAGGAGCAGAACCCACUGACCAACGGGGAGCCUGGCCAGCACUCUUCGGCCCCUCAGAAGAGUCUUCCAGACCUCCCGCCACCCAAGAUUAUUCCAGAACGGAAACAGCUCUCCAUCCCAAAGAUCGAGUCUCCAGAGGGUUACUAUGAAGAGGCUGAGCCGUAUGACACAUCCCUCAAUGAGGACGGAGAGGCUGUGAGCAGCUCCUACGAGUCCUACGAUGAAGAGGAAAACAGCAAGGGCAAGUCGGCGCCGUACCAGUGGCCCUCGCCUGAGGCCAGCAUCGAGCUGAUGCGUGACGCCCGCAUCUGUGCCUUCCUGUGGCGUAAGAAGUGGCUGGGGCAGUGGGCCAAGCAGCUCUGCGUCAUCAAGGACACCAGGCUCCUGUGCUACAAAUCCUCCAAGGACCACAGCCCGCAGCUGGACGUGAACUUGCUGGGCAGCAGCGUCAUCCACAAGGAGAAGCAAGUGCGGAAGAAGGAGCACAAGCUGAAGAUCACGCCAAUGAACGCUGACGUGAUCGUGCUAGGCCUGCAGAGCAGAGACCAAGCGGAGCAGUGGCUCAGGGUCAUCCAGGAGGUGAGUGGCCUGCCUUCAGAAGGAGCGUCCGAGGGAAAUCAGUACAGCCCAGAUGCCCAGCGCCUGAACUGUCAGAAACUAGAUACAACGGAGAAGUACCUGUCAGCCUUGGAAUAUGGAAGCUCCGUAGAUGGCCACCCUGAGGUCCCAGAGGCCAAAGAGGUCAAGAAGAAAUCUUCCCCUGGCCUCAAACUGAGCAACCUAAUGAAUCUGGGCAGGAAGAAAUCUACCUCGCUGGAGCCUCCGGACCGGUCCCUCGAGACAUCCAGUUACCUGAACGUGCUGGUGAACAGCCAGUGGAAGUCACGCUGGUGCUCCGUCAGGGACAGUCACCUGCAUUUCUACCAGGACCGGAACCGGAACAAGGUCGCCCAGCAGCCCCUCAGCCUGGUGGGCUGUGAGGUGGUCCCAGACCCGAGCCCUGACCACCUGUACUCCUUCCGCAUCCUCCACCGCGGCGAGGAGCUGGCCAAGCUCGAGGCCAAGUCUUCUGAGGAAAUGGGCCACUGGCUAGGCCUCCUGCUCUCUGAGUCAGGCUCCAAGACAGACCCGGAAGAAUUCACCUACGACUACGUGGAUGCCGACAGGGUCUCCUGCAUCGUCAGUGCGGCCAAAACCUCUCUGCUACUGAUGCAGAGAAAGUUCUCGGAGCCGAACACUUACAUUGACGGCCUGCCCAGACAGGACCACCAGGAGAUGCUGUAUGACGACGUGGAGACAUCGGAGCUGACGGCUGUGGUGGAAACUCCCGAGGAAGCUGCCCCUGUGACAGAGGCCCCAGGCGAGUCCCAGCCCGACCGAGUGUACCUGGACCUCACACCUGUCAAGUCCUUUCUGCACAGCUCCAGUGGUGCACAGGCUCGGGCCCAGUCCCCGCCGCCAUCCCACCCGGACCCCCCAGCCGAGACUCUCCCUGCAGACCCGGGCCCUGCCCCAGAUGAGCCCCUGGCGGAGUCUCCAGAGAACCCCGAGUUGCAGCAGAUGCCGCGGCAGGAGAGUCCAGAGCCCCAGGAGCCUUCCCCAAGAACCACAACAGUCAAAGUCCAGACUGAACAGCAGAAAGUCUCCUUCCCGUCGAGCUGCCCCGACACUGCGGCCGUCGCCCCGGCUGGGGCCAGCCCACCUGUGAAGGACAGGUUGAGGGUGACCACAGCAGAGAUCAAACUUGGCAAGAAUAGGACAGAAGCCGAGGUAAAGCGGUACACAGAGGAGAAAGAGAGGCUGGAGAAGAAGAAGGAAGAAAUCCGGGGGCACCUGGCUCAACUCCGGAAAGAGAAACGGGAGCUCAGAGAGACCGUGUUAAAAUGCACAGACAAGGGAGUCCUGGCCAGCCUGGAGCAGAGGCUGAAGGAAAUCGACGAGGAGUGCAGGGUGGAGGAGAGAAGGCGUGUGGACCUCGAGCUCAACAUGGUGGAGGUGAAGGACAACCUGAAGAAGGCGGAGGCCGGGCCCGUGACGCUGGGCACCACGGUGGACACCACCCACCUGGAGAACGUGAGCCCCCGGCCCAAAGCUGCCGCCCCCACCCCUGCCCCAGACUGUACGCCGGUCAACUCCGCAACAGCGCUCAAGAACAGGCCUCUUUCGGUCAUGGUCACGGGCAAAGGCACCGUCCUCCAGAAAGCGAAGUAAAGAACAUGCCUAGGGCAGCCUUUGCUUGUGGCAAACUCUGCUCCCGAUUCCUGUCCUGCCUGCCCUGCUGGACAGAUUCUGAGUGACUGACCGUUCAGUCCACACGAGCCUGAGUUACUGCUCCCUCACUUCCGUGGCCGACACUGCACAUCACCCCAGUGAGCUCUGCUCUGCCACAGCCUCAAAACCUUCUUGGCAGGUGCCCCACAUCGUAAAUAGCCACGGUGGAAACGUAACCGCCAUCUCUAUUCCGAAAUGCUUCUAUGCUUCAGAAAACCAUUUCUCCUGACCUUGUUCUGUGUAGAUGGAGGUUGCUACAGAGGAUAACUAACUCUCUUCUUGGGGGGUGGGGGGCGGUGCUGGUAUUUGAAUGGCACUCUAGGAAUGGGAGAAGAAAGGAACAAGUUAGGAAACAAGCUUCAUCUAAAGACUCUCCUGCCAUCACGGACCUUGGUGACAAUCCUGCUUCAUUAAAGUCUUCGUUAAAGCAGCAACUCUGUGAAAAGGUGAGUCUGCUCAGAAGCAGAAGGAAGGACUCUGGUACUCUGGGUGGAGAGCGCAGGCAAAGAGGAGGCUCGGUCUGUUUUCAGAGCCAAAGGAAAUAAUACAACAAAGGGAAGGCUUCUCUGGAGACCUAAUUGCUACUGGAUGGAAACAAGACAUUGCUGUAUUUAGGGGUAUUCUGUGUUUCUUCUUUGAAGUUUUUAUCAACUGCUUUAUCAAGCUUUUUAAGUAGUGAAAAGCAUCUGAUGGUGGGACUUUGGUGGAAAAGAAAUCAAGGUAGCAGGACCCUGUUCUUCUGGUCGUGUGGCUUUGGUGAGCAAGGAGACCUCAACUCCUGACUGUCAUCUCUCACCCACGUGUCGACUUCCCUCUAACAUUAGCAGGUCCGAAUCAGUCUUCCGUGGUUUCCACCUGUGUGAAGCCAUCAUGACAUGCUUUUUGAGAAACAGGUAACAGGGGAGAAUAUUUGGGACCAAGCUGAGGUGCCGUCCCCACUAAGUUAAGGACUUCUUUUCAGCCUAAAGCAGGCUUGAAUCCAUUGCUUUUAAAUAAAAUUUUAAAUGAUGCUGUAUUAUAUAGAAAAAAAAUGUUUAAAAUCCUGUAAUUUAGAACAGCGAAAAGUGUCUUUUUCAGAUUUAAAAGUAUCUUUUUGAGGUCCGACUUUUUACAUUACCGUAGGAGGAAAGAUAUACCCAGUGUUUACAGAUGCAGUCCUGUGGCCAGGCCAUUUUUAGGGGAAAAGUUCAAGUUCUGCUUAAUGUCCAGGCCCCUUCCAAGAAAAACAUGGUGAAUUCUGGUUCGGGUUGAUGCUCUCCUCCUCCUACAAUUGGCAGUGCUGUUCUUUGUGUCUUCUCUUCUGAUACGGUGUUUUGUUUUUUUUUUAAUACCGAUUGAAACAUUUCAUCUGUCGUUCCCGUCUUGUUUCUGGGGAUUGUCAAUCAAUCAGCAUUCUCUAACACUGGUUCCUGAGAACUAAAGGUCUUUUGAUUUCUGUUGUCUUCCUAAUCCCAGGGCAUUUAUUUCCUUUGUCAUAUACACUUGGUGUCCUUUACCAAGUGAAUUAGACUUUUUUUUUUUUUUAAUAAAACUUUA